AUGGUGAAUAUGAAAAGUCCUUUACGGGUAUUCAUAGAGGUUUCGAUAAAGGAAUUAAUUAAGGGUUUCAGGAGGCAAAGGAUCAGAUGGAGAAAUGCGUUUCUUCUCGGUUCUAUAUUGACCACCAUUGUUGUUCUGCUUCACACACCAACGUUUUCAGUUUUCUCUGAUGAUGAUGAAGAAACUGAGUCUUCUUCUUCUUCUUCUUCUUCUUCGCCUAUUUACUUGAACGGUUCUCUGCAUUUGAAUAUCCAAAUUGUUAGGGAAGCAAAGGUUGAAAGUUUUGAUGAUCUUACAGCAACUCCUACGGUGCAAUUGAAUGCUUCUGAAGAAAGUGGAACCCUUCUUUCUACAAAAAGUCGAAAAAGGAAGAGAAGAAGGAAGAUUAAAGAUGAUCUGAUUCUCCCUGAUCCUCCACCAGCACCACGGCAUGUUCUAUCUUCUUCAGAGAGACGUGCUCUUUCCUUGCCACCCAAGAAAGCUCUUGCUUAUGCAAAACUCGAGAUUCAGCGUGCCCCGGAGAUUGUAAAUGACACGGAUCUGUUUGCUCCCCUGUUUCGCAAUCUCUCUGUUUUCAAAAGGAGCUACGAGCUUAUGGAACUAAUACUAAAGGUCUACAUAUAUCCUGACGGUGACAAACCCAUCUUCCACACACCGCAUUUGAACGGUAUCUAUGCAUCAGAAGGUUGGUUUAUGAGGUUAAUGGAGUCGAACACACAGUUUGUCACAAAGAACCCUGAGAGGGCUCACUUAUUCUACAUGCCAUACAGUGUGAAGCAGCUUCAGAAAACUAUCUUUGUCCCUGGAUCACAUAACAUAAAGCCUUUAUCGAUCUUUCUUAGAGACUACGUCAACAUGCUCUCCAUCAAGUACCCGUUCUGGAACCGCACUCAUGGAUCAGAUCAUUUUCUCGUCGCUUGCCACGAUUGGGGUCCUUACACUGUGAAUGAGCACCCGGAGCUAAGAAGAAACACUAUUAAAGCUCUCUGCAACGCAGACUUAUCAGACGGGGUCUUUGUCCCGGGAAAAGACGUUUCUCUACCGGAAACUUCCAUAAGAAACGCCGGGAGACCACUACGCAACAUCGGAAACGGAAACAGAGUUUCUCAACGUCCCAUCCUCGCUUUCUUCGCUGGAAACCACCACGGUCGUGUCCGUCCACAGCUUCUAAAACACUGGAGAAACAAAGACAACGACAUGAAAAUCUACGGUCCGCUUCCACACAGCGUAGCUAGGAAAAUGACCUACGUGCAACACAUGAAGUCAAGCAAAUACUGUCUUUGUCCAAUGGGUUACGAAGUCAACAGUCCAAGAAUCGUUGAAGCUAUAUACUACGAGUGCGUCCCCGUGGUGAUCGCCGAUAACUUCAUGCUACCGUUCAGCGACGUUCUUGAUUGGUCCGCUUUCUCAGUAGUUGUCCCGGAGAAGGAGAUCCCACGGCUUAAAGAGAUACUGUUGCAGAUUCCGAUGAGGAGAUAUCUGAAGAUGCAGAGUAACGUGAAGAUGGUUCAGAGACAUUUCUUGUGGAGCACUAAACCUAGAAAGUACGAUGUAUUUCAUAUGAUACUUCACUCCAUUUGGUUUAACCUUCUCAAUCAGAACCAAACUUCUUCUACUGAUCAUGAUCCUGAUUCCUGACAUCAUCCUUAAUUAU